AUGAGUUUCCCUGAUGAAUUUCAAGAGCCAACAUUAGAGAACGAAACUGAAGAGGACGAAGAAGAAGAGGAGGAAGAGGAAAAUGACGAGGAUGCUCCUCCUCAGGAGAGAGUUCUCCCGUUUGAAAUCGAUAAUUACGAAGUUUUCGCCAAAUUAACGGCAAAACUACAUAGUGCUUGUUAUGAAGCCACAAACAAAAACACAAAAUCAAAGUGCGUUAUUAAAUAUCUUCCAAGCAGAUCGAGAUUUAGAAAAUUUAAAGACGAAAAAAUCGAAAUUUUAGGUAUUUUAAAUCAUUCUAACAUUGUUUCUAUAGAGAGAAUUAUUAUGCAAGAAGAUUUCAACGCUAUUGUCAUGCCAUUUUACAAGAAAGGCGAUCUUUAUGAAAGAAUAUUCGAUAACAAAAAGAUCACUCUUGAAAACGCAUCUAAGAUGAUGUGGGGCUUAGUGAAUGUAGUUAAGCACAUGCACUGCUUGAGCUGCAUUCAUGGAAACAUCUCUCUCAGCAAUAUCCUUGUUGAGUCAAAGACAAAAGUCAUUAUCACAGGCUUCAGUAUGGCCACCAUGAACAAGUUUAUCGAUUCCCACGGUCCAAUGACCUUAUAUACCGCACCAGAAGUUGAAACAACACAUAAAUUAACAUUUGCAACAGAUGUAUUCGCUCUCGGCACAGUAUUUUACUACUUACUGAUGAAUACAUACGAAGUCAACAAAGAUCCCUCGAAAUUACCUCAAGAUGCGCAAGUUUUGUUGUCUGGUAUGGUCAAUCCAAAUCCUAAGAAGAGAUUUACAAUAUUCCACGUGGCAUCAAACAAGUUCUUCUACGAUCAUAUCCCAGAAAUCGAUAUGAAGAACGCAUUGGUCAAUGUCGUUGGAAACCGCUGCCUUGAAGUCAAUACAGCUAUCAUGGAAGGCGAAACUAUGAUAGAAGGAAGCGAUGAGAUCUUGUUCUAA